AUGCCGAAAAAAAAUUCGGCACGAAAAGUCGGCGUUGCGGAAUGCCGACAAGUAAAUUCCGCCCAGCCCUGGUCGAGUAUUACUAGCUAUUUAUCGAUUAUUUAGGCAGCAUACGACAUCUGGAGAAAGAAGGUAAGACUUUUCAGUCGAAUUUCCAUUAAAAAAUCAUGAUUUUCAGGAUUUCCGCCAAAAUCAACCGGAUCUUCGCCAAUUUCGCCGAAAAUCAACCGGAUUCCACUGAACACAUGCCGAAGUUCAUUGGCAUGCUUAGCAACAGCUGCAAUAGUUUCAACUUCUUCAACCCAUCAUCAAAAAUCGAGGAAAACAAUAAAAUUCGAAGAUAA